GGGCGUUUACUUUAACCCAAUUGCUUCAAUUCAGAUUUCAUGUCCUUUUCAGCACUAAAGCGUUCGUUCGUCAUGAGUGUCUCAUCCAAUUCAGCACCCUUUUCGCGGGCUACGGUCAGGGCUAUGCAAAGACUCUACCCAAAGGCUCUGGCAGACAAUUCUUGGGAUAACACCGGGCUCCUUCUCGAAGCUCCAUUCGAUCCUGCGCGCCGACGCUCGAACAAAGUCCUCCUUACCAUUGACCUUACCCGCGCGGUUGCCGACGAAGCCAUUGCUCUGGAUUCUUCCAUCAUAAUAGCAUAUCAUCCUAUAAUAUUCCGUGGUCUCAAGUCUCUUACAUUGGAAAACACGCAACAACAGACUCUCCUCCGUCUCGCCAGCCAUGGCAUAAGCGUAUAUAGCCCACAUACAGCUGUUGAUGCUGCACCUGGCGGCCUUGGAGACUGGCUUGCAGAUAUAGUCACAGCUACGAAGACGAAUCGUGUUUCAGGGGACCUGGAGAAUAAUAAAGGCAAUGUAGCACAGUCAGUCGAGCAGGACGACCCUUUUGUAGACAAGAAGCCACCCGUGUUUACAUUACACAACCACCCCAGCCAAGCCAUCAACCGAUCUUCCAGAGGAUCAGCAUCGUCGGUUCCUCAUUCACGACGACCCAUCGUCCCACAGACUCCAGAAUUGGCCUCACACCUUGGUGCCGGUAUGGGACGUGUUGUGACAUUUGACGAACCCCAGCCGCUCGCUACCUUGUUAGACCGCAUUGGAAAAGGCCUCAACAACCCUAAGGGCUUUCCAAUUGCAAUUCCACAGAACAAAACAAUCUCUGACAUAAGCAUUUCGUCGGUGGGUAUCUGUGCUGGCUCAGGCUCCUCGCUCUUCUCUGGCUUGAAAUGUGAUCUGCUUUUCACGGGCGAGAUGAGCCACCACGAGGCUUUAGCCGCGAUCGAGAACGGCCAAGUGGUCAUCAGCUUGUUCCAUAGCAACUCCGAACGAGGGUUCUUGGGAGAGGUUUUGAGGGACCAGUUAGAGGAAGCAAUAACUGAAGAGUGGGAUAAAGUGCGAACGGAGGAAGAAGGAAACGAGGAGAUCAAGGAGGCUCUUGGUGACGAAGGUUUUGAUGUCCUCGUGAGUGAAGUAGAUCGCGAUCCUUAUGGGAUUGUCAUUCUGAAGGGAGAUGCCGAAUAAGCCUUUUGGCAGAUGAAAUCAGGGAAAAUAAAUAACUUGAUACCCUUGCUAGUUAUCACUACUUUUCUGUGACUUUACCAAAACACCAACGUCCGUCGUUGAUAAGAGAGGAUGCUACUCUCUUCGCCGUGCGAGAUCAAGAAAAAG